UUGAAGUUUUAGAUUUCAAACCAUAUUCAAACUCAAGAUUCGUCGAAUAAAUAAUACUUAAUGUACUUAAAAUAAAUAAAUAAUGCUUACCUUAUUAUUGAAAUCACACGGCUUAAGAAAGCCUAUUCAAUUAUUGAGAACAAUAAAUAACAAGUGGACCUGGUUCGUCCCAUCGUCAACAUCUUUGGCCAAUGAUUCCGGCGUACAUUACAAGAACCCGUGUGGUGAUGGCGGCGGUCCGUCAGGCAAAGCAAAACAUCAAAUAUCAUAUAAGUCUUACGAGCCCCUGGUAUAUACUUGUCACGACGCGAAGAACAUGAAACUGAAUCGGCCAAUGUCACCGCAUUUGACAGUAUACGCACCAACCCUGCCGGCUAUGACCUCUAUAGUACAGCGUAUUACUGGUUUAAUUGUAACAGCAUACGCUGUAUUGAUGGCAUUCGGCAGCCUGUUCCUCUCGAACGGCGUGGAAACUUACGUGUCAAUAAUCCAAAGCUUGGAUCUUUCACGGCCAUCCAUAUUUGUGAUAAAGAUCAUUUUAGGCGCACCGUUCGUUUACCACUAUUUCAACGGGGUACGUUUCUGCAUGUGGAACGCUGGCAAGUGGUUGGACAUGAAGGAAGUAUAUUCGACGGCACGCCAGAGCUUCAUUGCGACGGCUGUCGUAACAGCGCUAUUUGCUUUGCUUUAAAACUAGUCGUCUAUCUGAUAGACAUCAACAAAGGCCCUUUUUACUGUUUUUUCUAAAUAUAAUGAAGUUCCACGUGUGAUUUUCAUGUUAAUCGUUAAAAGAAAUAAAUUACUAAGUAUAAUAAA